AUGGACGAGAUCACCUUCAGAAGCGACACUGUGCUGUCAGACGUCCACCUGUACACCCCGAACCAGCGGCGCCUCAUGGUGCGGCUGAACGGCAUGGGGCAGCCGGUCUUCCUGUCCCAGUUCAAGCUUCUGUGGGACCGAGACUCUCAGACUGACUCAGGGGCCGAGGGUAGCGAUCACACAGAGGGGACCCCUCCCGCCGGCACUGUCUGCAGCCACGUGGGGGCCUCCCUCCAGGCGGGGGCCGACACCACCACCCCAGAAGGGUUGGCAGCUCAGCUGGACGAGGACGGGGACUUGGACGUCGUGAGAAGACCCCGGGCUGCCUCUGCCUCCGAGCCACCAGGACCUCCGAGAGACAAGGUACAUCCCAUGAUCCUAACGCAGGAGGAAGACGACAUCCUAGAAGACGAAGCCCCAGAGAACAGCCCCUACAACGUCAUCAAAAUAGAGCACACCAUGGCCACCCCCCUGGAGGAUGUUGGCAAGCAGGUGUGGCGGGGUGCCCUGCUCCUGGCAGACUAUAUCCUGUUCCAGCGAGACCUCUUCCAGGGUCGCACGGUGCUGGAACUCGGGGCGGGCACCGGGCUGGCCAGCAUCAUCGCAGCCACCGUGGCACAGACCGUGUAUUGUACAGAUGUUGGUACAGACCUCUUGGCCAUGUGCCAGCGAAACAUCGCCCUCAACAGCCACCUGCUCGCCUCUGGAGGCGGCGUGGUCAAGGUGAAGGAGCUGGACUGGCUGAGAGACAACCUCUGCACGGACCCCGAGGCCCCCUUCAGCUGGUCCGAGGAGGACAUCUCCCACCUGUACGGCAACACCACCAUCCUGCUGGCGGCCGAAGUGUUUUAUGAUGACGACCUAACUGAUGCUGUGUUUAAAACCCUCUCCCGACUGGCCCACAAGCUCAAGAACGCCUGCACCGCCAUCCUCUCGGUGGAGAAGAGGCUGAACUUCACGCUGAGGCACCUGGACGUCACGUGCGAGGCCUACGACCACUUCCGCGCGUGGCUGCGGCGGCUGGAGGGGCUGGCUGGCGGGCGCCUGCGCUUCGCGGUGGAGCCGGUGGACGCCUCGUUCCCGCAGCUCCUGGUGUACGAGCGCAUCCAGCAGCUGGAACUCUGGAAGAUCUUUGUGGAACCAGUAACAGAGCCCAUCGUAUCUGUAGACACAGCUUCUCGACUGUUCUCGUGA